UUCUUAGAUCUGGAGCUUGCACCGCAUCGCCCUCUCUCGCUCGCUCUCUCUCACCUGGUCUUCUACCCCUCUGCAUUACUGCUCGUCACUCCCGUCUUCCUCUCCUUCUGUCCCUGUCCAGUGACAUAACCUCCCCCGUUACGCUUUCAACGUUCUUUAGGAGAAUGCUCUCACUCUCGUCCUCGUCCUCGUCCUCGUCCCCUCUCUUUCUUCGAGUGGUUAUUCGUUGGUGACUCGGUUCGUGUUUUCGGGACGGACGCCGUUUGUUUCGAAAGCUCGGUUUUCGAAAUUUUGAGGUGGAGUUGCGGAGAGUGAGUGCAGAGAGACAUGGAACACGGAGCUGGUGUUGUGUCUGGAAUUGUUGAGGUGAUUGUAAGGAGCGACGCUUAGGUUACAGGUCGAGAGGGUAGGAGAUCCAGGGUGAGGUUGGGGUUGAAGUUAUGCGGUUGGUUGUGGAUAUGUAAUCUUGACGGAGUGUGAAGCUGGGGUUUGGAAGCCAGUGGAGGAUAGGUAUUUGGAGAUCAUCUGCCAUGUUACUCCAUACGUGAAAUGUGUGAUAGCAAGGGAGGCUGAAGUUGUAUUGUAGGAGUGUGGCUGUGAAGUGUUAGGUGGGUAGGGACGCAGCCAUGAGCACUUCACGGUUUAUCAAGUGCGUGACUGUUGGAGAUGGAGCUGUCGGGAAGACGUGCAUGCUUAUUUCAUACACCAGCAACACAUUUCCUACUGAUUACGUUCCUACCGUGUUUGACAACUUCAGCGCAAAUGUAGUGGUCGAUGGAAAUACCGUCAACCUCGGGUUAUGGGAUACAGCAGGUCAAGAAGAUUACAACAGGCUUCGUCCUCUGAGUUACAGGGGUGCUGAUGUUUUUCUCCUGGCGUUCUCCCUCAUCAGCAAGGCUAGUUAUGAAAACAUAUCAAAGAAGUGGAUCCCGGAACUGAGACAUUACGCGCCAUCUGUGCCAAUCAUUCUCGUCGGAACAAAACUUGAUCUUCGCGAUGACAAACAAUUCUUUGCUGAUCAUCCUGGAGCGGCUCCAAUAACUACUUCUCAAGGGGAGGAGCUCAGGAAGUCGAUUGGGGCGGCCUCGUACAUAGAGUGCAGCUCAAAGACUCAGCAGAAUGUAAAAGCAGUUUUUGACGCAGCAAUCAAGGUGGUUCUCCAACCACCAAAGCAGAAGAAGAAGAAGAAAAAACAAAAGAAUUGCGUCAUUCUGUGAAUGUGGCAUAGCUUUUAUGAGCUGGCUUAGUUUUUGGAGCCGAUCAUAAUUGUUGACUUGUAAGCUCGUUCAUCGUCUGGUUACGUCUCUGCUGAAAUCCAGUCGUAUAGGUCCCACGAGUGAUUCUCUGCAUCUUGUGUCUAUCUCUGUGGGCAUUGGGAUCACUUAAAAUUGUAGUGUAUUCUUUUCUCCUGCUGGUAAUUUGGUGAAGGAUAUGGGGAGAUUUUGUAGAUGGUUGGUGCUGUACCACUGACCGAAUGGGCAACCUCAUCUCGUAGAAAUGGUUUUGAUCAGUGUGUACUUGACAAACAUCUUCUGGCAGCUCAAAGGGGGCUUCAGUAGGAGGCUUUGUAGACUUAUCAGGCAUUCACAAUGGAAACGUCGUCCCUAUUUUAAUGCUUAUGCACCAUCUGUUGUGUUUUCCGCUUC